CCCUGUCUCCCUUCAGGCUGAGGAGCUCAGCGAGGGAUGCAGGCAGUGCAAGCAUCUGAUGACGAGCACACGUGACUACGUGACAAAGACGUCGUCAUCACGGCACCGGAUGUCCUCAGCCUACACCCCAGGCCAUUCAAUGCCCACGUCAGUGCCCCAGCAAACGAUGUUUAUCGAGGGUUUAUGAAAGCAUGUCUACUUUUAGUUGGCUCAAGGGGCGAGACCCAACUGCUUAUGUGUUUAGUUUAUCCUGAUAAUGUCGGUCGGCGCCCAUUCUUUGUACAUUAACACAAGAAGAGCCCGCGGGCAUGCGCCAGCCCCUAGCUAAUAAAACUAUAAAACUGCGCUUUUAUGCCCGAAGAAAAGCAUCUGCGUGUGAUUAUACAUCAUUUUGCCCACAAAGGCAAUUAAUCAGGUCGCUAGGAGGAGAAUAAAGGAAGAGUGAGAAAGGACUAACGGUUAACAUUGCUGACGUCCACGUCGUCAGUGACAGCGACAAAACCUCCUACGACAUUUUAUAUUUGUGGGGGAGUGUGCAUAUUUAUGUUUUUAUUUUUAAUCGCACGAGGCGUUCUCACUCAUUCACCUGCCUUUAAUGGAAUAUCUAAUGUUUGACGGCUGUACUUAAAGGUCACAGGUCAGACAGGAUGGGGAGUGAAUGCCCGCACGUACGCACAGAGAGAGAGGUAGGAGGAGUUUUUUUGGAUAAAAAACUGAUCUUCUGCAGAAGAAACCGAAAACAGUCAUAAAACAUCAACAAACUGGAGUGGCUAUCUAGCCGCUUAUCAGAAAUGACUCACGUAUCGAAUGGAGAUAAGGAUGAUGGGAGGAGAAAUAAACAGUUGAGGGCUCGUGUCUGAGGCACAAAGCAAAUAAUCAAGUCCACUUGAUAUCAGGGCUAGCCAAGACACAAACCCACCUUUAGGUGUGGGCGGUACGCGCGCAUGAAGAAAAAAAGUUCAACCUGUCUGUUAGAAGGUGGGUCCGUGUGGUUGUAGUGGGAGGCAGUGUUGACACGGGAUUUUCGACAGUUAGGGUUUAUAUUGUUGUUCUCGUUGUUUCUGCAAUCAUUUUGCUACCAUCCCAAGCUUCUUGCUGUCUGUAUCACCCUGGUAAAACUGUCGUCCAUCAGAUUCUGUCUUUUCCUACACCACCAGAUCAUCCGCCAACCAGAAUCUUGAUAAUCAUGUUACGCAACUGACAAUUAAUUUCGACCAACCAAUCAACACACACACACUCACUCGUUUUUACAAAAGCGAGACAUCUUUUUUAUUAUAUUACUGUUUUACGAUUGUUUUGUUUUCUCCCCAUUCUGUAGGGCGAUGCUUCUGGAAUAAAUCGAGCAAUUAAACUGAUUCAUGAAGUGUACGCAUCCUCUCUGCACUCAGUGUCUCAAACAGCGAUAGACAAGCAGAUGGAAAGACUGUAACAGUAACUUACGGUAGCACACACCACCUACAUGACUGUGUAGCUCCAACUUUUCUCAUCAAGGACUAGAUAAUGUUAACAUUAGACCAUCAUUUAUUCAUCUCUAUGUACCACUGUCCUACAGUUGAGAUAGAUCGCAUACAGUAGCUGUAGUCACCACCCAGACAUCUCACUGCUCUCAAUGCCAGACAAACCAGCAUAAACACGAGCACAUCAACACCUGUCUACUCAGACAUCAAAGUAGGGCAACAUCGAAAGUACUUCACGAGACGGAAAGAGCACACAAUGGUGAAACUGUAGAACCAUUACGAAAAUUGAGCAACAGAGCUCACGACGACCUGACCAAUCACAUCGCGCGACACGGAGUCAGUUCUCAGUACCCAGAAGCACCCACCCGUAUCCAGCUUAAAGCAUGGCAAUAGAAUGCGACCACUGCAGGGUGUCAGGUGUUCUUGCUGUUGCCCUACCCUUACACGACUUGCUGGGACGUGACAAUUCCUCCCAGUACCUCCGCCAACAGUCAGUGGAGCAGCAGACGACAGUCAGACCAGCGAGUUCUUAGGUCGCUACCUUUCUUUAGACCGUUGGAAGGUUCAGCAAUCGUAUCGCAACAGAACUGACCACGUCAUCUGCUGCUUUCUCCUCUCCAGAAAUCAUGGGACAGAAAAGCGGAAAAUUAACGAAACAACAGACACAGUCGCUGCGACAGGACGUCAGCUUCUCAGAGGAUGAAAUACAGGAUUGGUGGCAGGAGUUCAUUCGGAGUGCAAAGGUCAGUUCUGGAUCAAAACCAUUCUUGACUCAGAAAGAAUUCAUCGAGGUGUACAACACAGUGUACCCGGGUAACGGAGAGGAAUAUGCCAAGCACAUCUUCAGGACCUUUGACAAAAAUGGCGACGGGAGAGUGGACUUCCGGGAGUUUCUCUUGGGUCUGUCCAUCACCAGCAGCCUAGAAGAGGAGAAAAAGCUUCGGUGGGCUUUCCAGUUGUACGACAUCAACCAGUCCGGAUUCAUCUCAAAAGACGAGAUCAUUGAGAUCCUUCAGGCCAUAUUCAAAAUGAAUGGUCUCAACCAAUCGUCGACAAAGAGUGCCGGCUUGGGAACACCUGAGGAACUGGCGUCCAGCCUCUUCGAGGUGAUGGAGACAGACGGCGACAACAGCAUCUCGUGGUCGGAGUUCCGCAGUGGCGCCACACGGUGCUCGCUGAUUGUCGACCUGCUGCAGUGUUCUCCGGGGUCAGAGUUCGAGGCUGUUCUCAAGCAACAUUCAAAGUAACCAUCUACUCGCUCAGCAAGCAUCUAUAAUUAUAAUUAUAUAUAUAAUUAUCACUUUACAACAUACCCCUUAACCCUAUCAGCACGAAGGUCGGAGGUAUGAGUGAAGAUGUGACAAGUUGUCAGGAGGAUGCAGCACGAGGCCGUUGUGGCAGUUAAAUAAGCUGAGGAGUUAGUGACAGUUGCCUGGCUGUCAUUACUAACUGUCCGUGUGACACUACUGACAUGUCAGGACACAAGAUCACUGGUGCUACAAUGGUGCUUGGUGCUGCAAAUAUUUGGUCUGACCAGCUCCGGCCAGUAUGCCAGAAACCCAUGGUACACAGACUGUGGUGGAACAUCGUCAAGAGCUUUGCAGGGUCUCGGUAUUCGUCCCAACACAGUGAGAUUAAUGUGAAUACUGAGCACAACAUGGAGGUUAGUUUAUUUAUUUAUUUUUUAGACGCGUCUUGAGAAGAUUCGAGACUUGACAAGGCGAAGCCUAACUUUUAGGAAGCGUUUCAGUUAUUCUGUUAAUGUGUAUGUAGAUUAUGUGAGAUGAGAGUUCUGUCCCUUCGCCUAACCGUGAUCGGCUUUCUUUGAUGUUGUUUAUGAGUUGUUGUCAUGCUUUGGUUUAGAUAAAAGUGUUGGACCUUUCUGUUUCAUGUGCUUCUGUUGCGUUUUUCUUCCUCUUCUGGAUUACAACAGGACUGCAUAUAAUGUAUAUAAUGUAUAUAAUACAUAUACUGUAUAUAAUGUUAUUAUGAAGUAUGAACUGUGUGGACCUAUUGGCUGGAGUCCACUCCGCCAUGUUCUACAUCUUUGUUACUAUUUUGCGAUUUUGUUCAGCGCAAUGAGUCCAUAUUUGACUGAGAUAUUUCGCUUUAUAAAUUUCUAUUAUUAUUAUUAUUAUUAUUAUUAUUAUUAUUAUUAUUAUUAUUAUUAUUAUUAUUCUAAUAGAAUAUAUGUGUAAAUUUUGUGUUAUUGUCUAUAAUAUAUAUAAAGUAUAAAUUGUGUGUGUGUGCGUGUAAGUUAUGUGUGACUGUCCGCGAAGAUUUGUGGAGCUCUGUACAGAAGUUAUGCUAAUAUGAGUAGUAUGUAAGCCCGAGGACGUGUGAGCACAUGCCUGUGUGAAUAUGGGAAUAUGCCAAUAUGUGAAUAUAUAAAUACUUAAUAUGUAUACAGCUGUCCGUGUCUAUUAAUACUGCUGUGUGCUUGGUGCAGUACGUGUGUAUGUUUAACACGCAGACUUUGUAUACAGAAAUCAACUGCUGGCUUCCUAAAGUGAGAGAAAGGUGGUGUAUAAAGAAUCAAAAUAUUUCAAAAGGUACAAAACAUCCUUAAGCUACUCAUUAAUUGUUUAAACCUAAAAAAAUAUUUCUUUAAACAUUUUCUGAUCCUUCUCUAAUCCUUUUCCCCUUUUAUCUCUCUCGCAGCUUUUCUAAAUCUUUAAAUCUGUACAGGUGUGUGUGUGUGUGUGUUAGAAAGAGAACGAGAGGAACAUAUGCUAAACGACAAACAUCUAGACCACAGAAACCUAUAUAUAAAGUUUUCUAUGAAAACCUUCCAUUGAAAUGCAAGUCUCGUGCGGACCGUGAGAAAUAUUAUAUAUCACGAGCAAUAACGACUUCAUCAGACCGUGAAGCGAAUCCUGUUGACUUGUGAACUAUUCUGGGUGACAUCCUUCACAAAAAGUGAUAUCAGGGACAGAUUUUACUGGAACUUCACUGAUUUAUCGUAUGCUCCCCUUCUGUAGGGGGAUGCUUUCUGGAAUAAAUUGACCAGUUAAACCGAUUCAUGAAGCACACGAAUCCUCUCUGCACUCAGUGUCUCAGACCGACAGCGAUAGACAAGCAGUGAAAACACCUGGCCAGACUGUAACAGUAACUUAGGGUAGCACAGACCACCUACCUGACUGUGUAGCUUCACAUCUACACAUCAAAGAUUAGAUAAUGUUAACAUUUGAAUAUCAUUCAUUCAUUUGAGAGAGAUCGCAUACAGUAGCUGUAGUCACCACCCAGACAUCUCCCUGCUCUCAAUGCCAGAUAAACCAGCAUAAACACGAGCACAUCAACACCUGUCUAUUCAGACAUCGAAGUGGGGCAAAACUAAAGUAUUUCAAGAGACAAAAAGAUCACGACGGUGAAAGUUUACAACAAAUACGAAAAUCACGAAUGACCAUGAUGGCAGAUAAACUCUAGAUGCAGUACCAACAGGACAUGAACUAUCUUCUCUGUCCUCAUCAGUCAUCUUUUCAGAGGAGCUUGGUUUAUUUUGUGUCUAUGAUGAGAUUUAUUUACUUCUUUUCUCUCUCCCCCCCC